UGACUUCUGAAGAAGCCUUUACCCAUGCCAGUGUGAAGAUGGCAAGCCAGUCAAUGAAAAGUUCACUGUUCACACAGAGUCAUCUUAGUCAGCAACAAUUGCACAUGGUUUUUACAUCAAGCUUGGAUGAAAAUGGUGGACAGAGACAUUCUUCUCUAAGUGAUAGCCAGGAUUUUGAAAAUGAAAAAUCAGCUGAAAAGAAGAUCAAGCUUGAUCCUGGAAAAUUAGCCAGCGAGAGGCGCGCGAGGCACCAGGCGGCCGCCCUGCUCGACUCGCAGAACCAUGUGGCCCGGCUGCAGGCCAAACUGCAGUCCGCCGAGGCGCGCGACCGCGAGGCUCGCUUGCUGAUGGAGACGGAGCGGGGCGAGCUGCGACGCCGGACGGAGCGCGCCGAGGAGCAGAGCGCCGAGCUGAGGGCCGAGGUGGAGCGGCAGCGGGCUGAUCGCGACCGGCUGGAGUCAGAGCUGGCCGAGCUGCGCUCGCGGCUGCGCUCGUGCCAGGUCAGCUGCGACCAGGAAAAGUUGGCCGCCCAGCAGCGCGCCGACCGCGCCGCGCACCGGCUCUCAGAGGAGCUGGCGGAGUCGCGCCGGGAGCUGGCGGCGGCUGAGCUGGAGAACACCAUCGCCUCCAACGAGGAGAACGCCAAGCUGGGCACGCUGAUGAGGGAGCGGCUGGCGCAGUUCCCGCAGCUGGAGGCGCAGAACCGAGCCAUGAGCGCCGAACUCAAGUCGUUGAGGCACAUGGUCGACCGGACGUUGGUGCUGGAGGAGCAGCUGGCGGUGCUGCAGCCCAAGGUGGAGAGGUUCGAUCAGCUGCAGGCUGAGCUGGCCACCGCCCAGGCAGAGUCCCUGCUGUCGGCGGCCGAGGCGCGCAGCAGCAACCUGCAAUCGCAGCUGGAGAGGUUCAAGGCCGAGCAGGCCGAGCACAACCGCUCGGCGCUGGAGGGCCAGGUGCAGCUGCGCAAGCUGCAGCGCAAGCUCACGCUCGUCACCAUGGAGCGCGACAGCUGCAAGCGCGUGCUGGACGCGUACGAGUCGGAGACGACCGAGUCGCUGACGGCCAUCGAGCGGCAGCGCGGCGGCGACCUGGAGCGCCAGCUGGACACGUACCGGCAGCAGGUGGACGCCCUGGAGCGGCAGCUGCAGGAGGCCGCCAGUAGCGGCCGGCUGGUGUUCGGCUCGGCCGACUCGGAGGCGCUGGCGCAGCUCUCGGCGGCGCGGGCCGAGCUGGAGCGGCUGCAGGAGCGCCUGGCUGCGCUGCAGCAGGAGAAGGAGGGCCUCGAGGCGCAGCUGGAGGAGCGCGCGCUGCGCGGCGACUACAACCCGGCCACGACGCGCUUGGAGCGGCUGCAGCGCGAGAAUGCCGAGCUUCGCGGCCGGCUGGCCGACGGUGGCGCCGCCGCCGGCCAGCUCGCCAACCAGGAGGCGACCACUCAGAUCAGGGCGCUGCGCAGUCAGCUCCGCGCCUCUGAGCUGCGCAUGCGCCGUCUGAAGGACGUGUUCGGCCGCAGCACGCAGGAGUACCGCCAGGCUGUGUGCCAGCUAACCGGCUACAAGAUCAACGCCGACGGGCAGCAGCUGAAGCUGCGCAGCGUGUACGCGCCCAACCACGACCAGACCCUGCUCUUCAACCGAGACGCGGGAGACAGUCUGCAGCUGCUGGAGACGGACUUCUCGGCGGCGCUGUCCGACCUGGUGGAGGAGCACCUGUACCGGCAGGACUCGAUGCCCGGCUUCCUGGCGGCGCUCACGCUGCGCCUGCUCCGGGAGGGUCCGCCCGCCCCCGCCCCCGCCCGCGCCGCCGCCCCCGCCUCCGCCGCCGCCGCAGACGACGACAGUGAGCCGGAGAUAGUGGAGCUGGACUGAGGGGCGUGCUGCAGCUGCGGGGCUCACCAGGCGGCGUGCCGGGGCCUCUUCUCUCAACGGGCUGUGGUGGUGUGGCCGCGUUCAGCCCUGCAUUGCGCCGCAUGACAGCGGCGCGCCGGCCAGCCGAUGGCAGAAGUCUGGAUCGUGUUGUGUCCUGAUCAAUUCCAUGCGUUUUUGAUA